GUUGUUGUGGUCCCUGCUGGGCUGUGCUGCAGCAGGUCGGCGGGACUAGCUGGGCUGUUGGCAUCAGCAGUCGUCGAAGCACUUUUGUCCCGUCUCUUUCAACUUUCCACGCUCAGUGAGCUCACAGCGACGCGAUCAUUCACACAAGUCGAGUCAGUGUCCUCCACUCCUUUUCCUCCACUCCUUUCCUAUUCCUAUUGCUCGGCCCGUCUUUUUUUAAAUAUUUAGCGUGUACGUUGCGUCUUGGUGCAGUCCGUUCCACUGUCUAAAGGAUUUAUACUCAACUAUCGAUUACCAAACCAUCCGACACCCGAUCCUUGAUUUGAAAAAUAAAUCCAAAAGGAUAUUAAGGAGCGCCCAUCUCCAAUCGCUGUUGUUGGUUGUUGUUGUUGUUGUUUCUUUGACGACAUUUGGAUUUGCUGAUUGGAAGAAGACAAAAGGCCAAAUCCGGUCAUCUUCAUCAAUCACUUGUUUGUUGAAGAAGAAGAAAAAGAAGAAAGAAAUCGACGCCGACAUGUUGGGACGACCCUCAUCCACCAACUGGUUCCUCCUGCCCGUGACGACGGUGGUCCUGGUCGGUUUCUUUUGUCUCUCCACCCUCCAAACAGUGGAGGGCGUUCAGUGCUACGUCUGCAGCUGGUCGCCGGCUGAUUCCAAUCGCGUGGAUGUCUGCACUCGCAAGAAUUUCAGCGAGUCGGUUCGGACGCAUAGCUGCGAGACGGGCUGCGAAACGGUGACCGUCUUCGAUAAAAAUGGUCGAUUAGAUUUCUUCUACCGCAACUGCGCUGCCAACACGUCCAGCAUAACGGGCAACUGCGUCAACGAAACCUCAAAAGCCAUCACAAAGGAAAUUUGCAACUGCGAUUCGAAUUAUUGCAACCAAAGCUCAGGAGGGCUCCAACAACAGCUGGGCGUCGUUCUCUCCGGCAUUUUGGCUUUACUCAUGAUCCAAUUCUAAACACGGACUUGCGUUGGGAAAGCCUUUUUUUUAAAUAACUCUCCGCCUACGACGCCUUGUUGUUUCAUUUUUCCUUUUGGGAUUUUAUGGGCCGGUUCGUCCCUUCUAUUGUCGGUUUGCCAUUUUUAUUUUCGACAACAUCAAAUUAUUUAGACUUGAUUGAAUUUUGUACAUCUUAAAAAAGGAAAAAAACACUAAAAACAUAUGGUCCGUUCUCCCGUUGUUGUAGGUCCAUUUUAGUUGUGUGUUAAAAGGACAGUACCCCAUCUAUGCCAUUCAUUCAUCAUCUUCCCUCCCAGUUAUAACAUUUGCCCGUUUUUCUUACAUAAUGAAAAUUCGUUCUUUGGUAGUGAGUGGUCAUCCUGAUGUAAUUAAUUAAUUAUUAUUAUUACCUAUCAGUUCUGUAGACUUUUCUUUUACUUUUUCGAUUGCUGUUUUUAGUGUUGAAAUCACCUUAUAUACUUCUCUUUCCUUGGCUCGUCUGCGUUUAAUUGAAUUCUUUCUUUAAUGAAUGAAUACGUGACAGUAAGCUAGCACAACCAAAGGGUCUGGACAUCGGUUAGGCGGGCGCACCUUUCGGUAAAUACUCCAACUACUGGAAAAUGAAUGACAUCACUAUAGCGAAAAUAUCACCAGUAGAUGUUGUCUAAUUCACCGCUAAAGGUUGCGCUUCGAUUAUUUGUCCUGGCUGGCUAGACCGUGUUGAAUCUUUGUUUCAUAUGAAAUUCUCUGCUCUGUGUGUUCUGCUCGUUUCUAAUUAGAAAUUUCCUUUUCCCCUUUUGAAUAUUUGUUACUCCUUUUCUUUCUUUUUUCACGCCCGCGAUCGCCACUGUCUUAAAAAAAAAUUAAUUAUGGAACAAUUUUAGUUGAAUCAUUCAAGAUGGAGACUCGCUGCACCCGAAACAAAACUUGGUUUGUUAAAAAAAAAAAAUUUCUUUUGAAACUGUAAACGACGGUGUAACGUUUAAUUGAGAAUCACAAAUUAAAAGAAUAAAAAAUUCACGAUAUCGUGUUGUCGACAACAUCAAA